AGACCAUCAUUUACAUCUUAUGCUGAAGUAAUCGUCAGUACAGUCCGCCGCGAGUGUCUGCAGUCACUCCGGCGUUUCAGCACGGAUUAGCCGCAACACGCCAAGUCCCGGAUAAAAAAAACACGCGAACUUUUACGCGAGCGAAAAAUUCACGCGUAUUUUGCCCGUAACUUUGUUUUGAGCUACAGUCUUCUUAGUACUAAUCUUUUAGUAAGAUUGUUAGUGAAAUAUGAAUUUGAAAUUGAACAAUGAGUCUAGAGUUGGGGACGCGAAGAAGACCGAUCUGAAAGCUUUGACAAUUAAGGAGGAGCGUCAGCGCACCGGGCGCUACAUCGCGAUCCUGGUGGGCAUCCUGCUGUUCCUGCUGGCCAUCUACCACGCGUGGGUGCGGCGGAUCCCGUUCAUCGCCAGCCUGAUCGUGCCCGCCAUCAUCAUGCUCAUCUACGUGGGGUGGGUGCUGUAUACUGCCUCCAGGGAUAAGCACAGGGCUUUAGAUGCGGAGGCAGCCUUAAACGCGGCUCUGGCGGAGGAGGCGGGCCGGCUGUCGUGCCAGAGCUGCCACGGACAGAGCAACCGAGCCUCUAUCAUCUCCAUCAACAGCAGCAAACACCAAUCAGAGGGCAGCAUCACCCACCAAUCAGACAACACCAUCAAACUCCAAUCAGACGACUCAAACGCCGUUCACAAAAACAACAGACAAUCGGAAGACUCCAGACCCAUAAUCAAGCCAAUAAUUCUGGUGAACGACGAACCAGCUGUCAUUGAUGUGAUGAUGCCUCCAAGACUGACGUCACAUGCUCUGUUGAGCAUCGAGAAGUUCAACGGACUGCCAGCCAGAAGAAAGUACAAACGAAGGUUUUGUCGCGGACGACGGAAUAAUGUGUUCAAAAGGUCUUACUCUAUAGCGUAGUGAAGUUAUUGAUAAUUUUGUAAUUGUAAGUGCCUUAAUCUGACUUUGUUGAGCUCAUUUUGGAUAAGUUUAUUGAUGAAUUGACUAAAUUAAAGUAUUUAAGUAGGUAAGUGUUGUUGUUUUAUGU